AUGGGUGCCUUACUCGCUAUACCCUCAUUGGCGGCGGUAAGUUUGAGGGUUAGGUGGAUAAAAUGAUUGAAAAAAAGUGUGACUUAAAAAUAUCGAUUUUUCCAAAUUUAGGCAACGUAGAUAUCAUAAUACAUUUUUAAAAAUAUUUUUAGUGCUUCAAAUGUCUUCAUUGGACAUAGAGAUCAGAAAUCCUAAUAUUUUGUGGAUUGGAUCUGAUUCUAUUUCAGAUUAGAUCUUAUCCGUUUGUAGAUAUUUGAAAAUCGCAAAAUAAUUUCAAAAUUUUCAGUCAGCCGCUUGUUGUUUUGGAAGUACAGCAUGCUCGCUCUGCGCUUGCUGCCCAUCGUCCAAAUCUUCAACCACAACUCGUAUCAUGUAUGCUUUGAUGUUAUUCGUCAGCACAUUCCUCUCAUGUCUCAUGCUUAUUCCAGCUAUUCAAAAUAAGCUGGCUGAGGUAAGAAUAAUCUCCAGAAUUGUCCCAGAGAAUCCGUGUUUUUUCAGAAUGAUUGGUUUUGCAAAGGUUUGGGAAUCUCUUGCGCUCAUGCCACCGGAUUCCAAGCAGUUUAUCGUGUUUGUGCUGCCACCGCCUCAUUUUUCUUGAUUUUCAUGUUGAUGAUGUUGGGAGUCAAGGAUUCGAAAGAUGCUAGAUCAAAGAUUCAAAAUGGUUUCUGGUUUUUCAAAUAUCUUCUAUUGACCGCCUUGAUCGUCAUGUUCUUUUUCAUCAGAAGUGAAAGCUUGGCAACUCGUAAGUUUAUCAGUAGAAGUUGUGCCUAAAAUUAAUUUGAAACAUUUCAGCAUUGAUGUGGAUUGGAAUGAUUGGAGGCUUUUUGUUUAUCCUAAUUCAAUUGAUCUUGAUCGUUGACUUCGCUCACGGUGUUGCUGAUUCUUUGAUCGAAUCAUAUGAAGAAUCAGAUUCUAGAUAUUGCUACGCCGGUUUGAUCAGCUUCACUUUUGGAGGAUUCAUUCUAGCUCUGGUUGCAAUCAUUUUCAUGUUCAUUUUCUAUACAACCGGUGAAGGAUGUGGUCUCCCAAGAUUCUUCAUUAUCUUCAAUUCAUUGCUUUGCAUUGGUAUCACAGGUCUCUCACUCUCUCCAGCUGUUCAAGAAUUCAAUCCAAGAAGUGGUCUUAUUCAAGCUGUUAUGAUAACCGGAUAUGUUAUUUAUUUGACAUGGGCGGCUCUUAUCAAUAAUCCAGAUAAACAAUGCAACCCAUCGUUGAUUAGUAUUAUUAGCAGCAAAAAUUCAACUGAUCCAAGUCAUGAUGAGAAACAUUUCGGAGUUCCAUUGCCAGCUCAAUCAAUUGUCUCAUUAUUCUUGUGGUUUGCUUGUCUUCUUUAUGCUUCGAUCAGAAAUUCUUCGAAUACUUCUCUUGGAAAAAUCACUGGCGGAAGUGGAAACGACGAAAAUAUUCAAUUAAGUUCGUCAAAUGUUUUGAAUAGUGGUUCGUGCAUGUUUUUUCCUUUGUUUUCCACGUCCUUUUGAUUUAUCCCUGUGUGUUUUUUGUGGUGGCUUUUUCAAACAAAUGUGUCAGAAUUCUCUGAAAAUUUGAAUCUAGAUACAUAGAUAUUCGAGUGUCAGCAAAGUUCGAAAAAUAUUUUUUUCUGUUGAACAACAACAUUUUUCUCAACUCCAUCAAAUUUUCAAAAAUCUAUAUCUAUUCGAAACUUCAAGAACUUUUGACAAAUUUUUCCUGAUUAUAAUUCUCCUAAAUCCAAAUUUUUUCUUACAGCUGACGACACUGAAAGACAAGUUUGGGAUAAUGAAGAAGAAGGUGUUGCCUAUUCAUACAGUUUCUUCCAUUUCAUGUUUGCUCUCGCUUCGUUGUAUGUGAUGAUGACGUUGACUUCGUGGUAUAAGUGAGUUUUUUUUCUAGAAACAUUAAAAUGGAAAAAUGAUCGUUCAAAACACAAAAAUAUGGAGUUAGUUCGAUUGAUUCGGGUAAAAACAAAACAGAUUAAUACCGAUUAUCGGUAGAGGGGUUUUGAUGUUUUGUACUUUUGGAAAAACCACGUGGAGAUCAAAAACAACACAUUACAUUGUGUUCAAUGAACUAUGACUUACACGUAAUAAAUAGUCUAGGAAAAAUUUCAAGAACUAUUUUUCUACCUGAUCCACGAGUCGAAAUUGUUCUCAAAAAUAAAAUUUUGUUUUUUUUGCAGACCUGACAACGAUUUGACACACUUGAAUUCAAACAUGGCAUCAGUUUGGGUAAAAAUGGUUUCAUCAUGGGUUUGUGUUGCUCUCUAUUCAUGGACCCUUGUUGCUCCAAUCGUCUUCCCAGAUCGAGAUUUCUAA